UGCUACAAAUGAAUAAAAGCCCAUGGCAAAAUGGAUAGAAAUAUACUGAUUAGGUUUGUUGCUGGCACAGGGCUACAAGGCCCCCAUUAAUUACGCAUCAAGCAAGGGAGGGGGAAAUGGGUCCUUAUUGUUGUCUGGCUGCGGGAAAGAACAUGAGUGUUUCUCCAGUGUGGAAUGUCCUGAACUCUGGGUGCUGUUGAGUAAGCUCUCUCUUCACUGGCUAUAUGAGCUGGGCUCACUGUGCUGGGCCAAAGGAAAAGACCUGUCUGUCUCUGUGGUGUGCAUUAUGAAGCUGAACUUGGAUGUAACUCUGUCCUGUCUGACUCUGUUACUCUCCCUUCUCCCUCACAUUUGCUGUGAGCGCCCUGUGAACUGCAGAUGGGGACUUUAUGGGGAAUGGUCUGAAUGCGAUGGCUGCACAAAAACACAGGUCCGCACACGGACUGUUGAAGUGUUUGCCCAGUAUCAGGGCAGUCCAUGCUCUGGGGAGGCUUCUCAGAGUCAAGAGUGUGUCCCCAAGAAAGGAUGUCCCUUGGGCAUAGGCUGUGGAGAAAGGUUCCGCUGUUCCGCAGGUUCUUUUUCAAAUCCACAUGAAACCAGACAGUGUGUGAGCCUCUCUCUGGUAUGUAACGGAGACCAGGACUGUGAGGAGGGCGGGACAGACGAGAGACACUGUGAUGCUGACAACAGCCACUAUGUGUGUGACCUGGACAAGACUCCUCCCAACUCUGACCACACUGGCAAAGGGUAUGAUGUGCUGACAGGGAAGUUCAGGUCUGGUGUCAUUAACACACUAAGCUUCGGAGGGCAGUGCAGGAAGGUUUUCAGUGGAGACCACAAGACCUUCUACAGAUUGCCUCAGAGUAUCCUCAGGUACACCUUCCAGGUGGUGGUUGAGAAUGACUUCACCGAUGAGGCCUAUGAGAGCUCCUGGUCCUACAUGAAGCACAUCCAGGACAAUGCCUUAUGGGGACAUGAUCGCCGCACUUUUCACACAGAGCUCAACAAAGACAAGUCUCACAGGCUGCUGAUCAUAAAGAAUCAGGUGGAGCUAGCCCAGUUCCAGAACACCGUGCCCCAGUACGUCACUCUGGCUGAGGGCUUCUGGAAGGCGCUGUCCUCCCUCCCAACCACGUACAGUUACUCAGCCUACCGCUCCCUCCUGCAGACCUAUGGCACCCACUACUUGUCAGAGGGGGCCCUGGGGGGCCAGUACCAGGCCCUGCUGGAGUUUGACAACGAGGCCCUCAAAGAGACCAGCACAACAGAUACAGAGUACCAACGGUGUGUUACAAAGAAGAAGCGCCGCUUGUUCAGGAAAAAGGUCAAAACCACAUGUGAGAAACUGGUGGACUCUCUCAAGACCUCUAAAGAGUAUAACAACAACAAGCUGCCUAUUAAGACCAAUGUCAUCGGUGGAGACACAUCCUUCAUAGCUGGCCUGAGUGUCCUGGACCUGGAGAACCCUGAGGCCAAUGGACAAAUGUAUGACAAGUGGGCCCGCUCUGUCAAGGACUUCCCUCAGGUCAUCAACAUGAAGCUGCGGCCUCUGUAUGAGCUGGUGAAGGAGGUGCAGUGUGCCGGGCUGAGGAAGCUCCAUCUGAAGAGAGCUACAGAGGAGUACCUGGCAGAGGAGCAUCCCUGCCACUGCCGGCCCUGCCACAACAACGGGCAGCCCCUGCUGACUGGCACAGAGUGUAAAUGUGUCUGCAGGCCUGGUACCUCGGGUCCUGCCUGUGAAAGUGGCACUGUUAUAGGGGAGCAGCCAGGGGUGAUCCAUGGGAGCUGGAGCUGCUGGUCGUCAUGGGGAUCUUGUUCUCAAAGUCAAAUGUCAAGGUCUAGGACCUGCACUAACCCUGCUCCCCGGCGAGGGGGCCUCCAUUGUGUGGGGCUGCCCACAGAACAUACUUCCUGUGAAGAGCCAGACCUACAACAUUUACAGAUGAUGGAGCCUCAGUGUUUUGGUCUCUCUAUAAGUCCACCAAAGGCAUGUAGAGCCCCGCCAGCCCUGAGGAAUGGCUUUGUCCUGAGCCCCAGAGAUGUAUACCUUGUAGGCAGUAAGAUUGAGUACUCCUGCAUAGAGGGCCACUACAUCACUGGAGAAACUGUGGCUGAGUGCACUGACAACAACAGCUGGACCAGAGGACCAUUGGAGUGCAAGAGUGCAACAUGUGAUGUUCCGUCCCUUGAGAAUGAUGUCACAGGCACGCCUUGGAAAGUGAUCUAUCAAAUUGGGGACAGUGUGUCCCUGUCCUGUCCUGUGGGGAUGAUGAGAGAGGGCAUGGCAGAGAUCAUCUGCAGCUCCAGUCUGCAGUGGUCUCCAUCCCCAGACAGCAUAAGGUGCAGAGAAGUGCCAAAGGGCCCCACCCCUCCACUUGGCUUAAACUGCAAACUAUGGGAAACACCAGGAAAGAGUCAGUGUGUGUGUAAGCUUCCAUACCAAUGCCAGCCAUCCCUGCAGUUAUGUGCCACCCUCCACACAGGCAGAACAAGUAAAUUGGGCAUGUGUCAACUUGGAGCUCUGCAGUGUCUGGGGCGGAGCUUCAAGCUGGUGAAGGACAGUGAUUGUGAUUGGUCGGAUCAGGGGCUCACUUCCUGCCAGGAGGAGUGCUUUGACACGUCUGUCCAGCUCUGUGUCAAACUACCAGACAGUGCUGUUGCUGUGACAAUGUCAGAAUGUGAGGUGGGGGCUCGGAGGUGCCAGGGGGAGCAGUUUGAUGUGGUCAGCAUCAAGGCCUGUUCUGCACUUUAAAGCAUGAUUCUUAAUCCAUAAUUGUAAUGUUGUUUUUUACAUAGAAGAGAGUAGUCCCUUAUAUUCUAAUAAAGUGUGCAUCAAGGUAGAGCUAUCCAUUUUCUACUCUACAUGGUAAUGGAGAGAACUAUGCCACGAAGCUUUUGACUUCAGACAACUUUUUUGAACUUCCUUUAUUGGUUGAAAUUUGGCCAUAGAAUCAAUGAACGAAAAACACGUAUUUUCAAUGUCUGUAAAUGACACCUUGUCAACUUCUGUAAAAUAUGUAUUUUAUCUUUCAUUCAGCACCUAAAAUGCACCUGAUUUCAAUGUCUGGAUAGUACGUAUUUUCAAUGUCCGGAAAAUACGUAUUUUUGACGUCCGUAUAAGAUGUAUUAUAACCUUUCAUUCAGUACCGGAAAUGCACAUUAUGUCAUGUCUGGAAAAUAUGUCUAAAAGAUGACUGGGAUUGUUGCAAGUUGUAAAUAAAAGAGCAUUAGACAAAAAAGGUUACAUUUUUGUUAAUUUCAAUUAAACGCUACGUUGUGACACAAUA